AUGGAGCGGAGUUAUAAAGAGUACACUGGGCUGAUACCAGGGGCCCCCCAGCUGGGGCCCCCCGAUCUGGGGGGCCUCAGAACGCAGCAGCAGCAGCAGCUGCAGCAGCAGCAACAGCAGCAGCAGCAGCAUCAUAUGCAGCAGCAGCAUAUGCAGCAGCUUCUGCAGCAGCAGCAGUUGCAGGAGCAGCUGCAGCAGCAGCAGUUGCAGCAUCAGCUGCAGCAGCAGCAACAAUUACAACAGCAGCUGCAGCAGCAGCAGCUGCAGCAGCAUCAACUGGAGGCGCAGCUGCAGCAGCAGCAGCAGCUAGAGCAUGAAUUUCAGCUGCAGCAGCAGCAGUAUCAGCAGCACAUCGAGCAGCAGCUGCAGUCUCGCCACCUUCAGCAGCAGCAGCUGCAGCAGCAGCAGCAGCAGCAGCAGCAGAUGUAUGCAGCAGGACCAGAUGAGUUAUCUAGCUAUGGGUUUGGUGCUGCUCCUUCUUUGUCUUUUGCUGCUGAUAGUUUCGUUUCUGCUGCUGCUGCUGCUGCUGCUGCAUCGAAUCCGUGCUUGUCUCUGUCUAUGCCUGCUGCUGCUGCUGCUGCUGCUGCUGCUGCUGCUCCAGUGAACCCUGCUGCUGCAGCAGACGCAGCAAGCGCACUAAGCCAAACAAACAAAACAAAUAUAAUAAAUAAAAAUAAAUACAAAGAAACAGAAACGAUGAAACAAGAAGAAGACAAAGACAAACAGCAGCAACUCAACACCACCCACCGCAUAGAGCCCUACGAGAAAAUUCGGUUGACUUGGAGCGGAGAAGAGUUUCUACACAUUAAAGUCAACGAAGAGGGGCAGGGCAUAUGUGAGGCAACUGGUUUUAUAAAGCUGCAUUUUUCUUCUCUGCAAGAAGAGAUACCGAUGCGGGUGGAUAUUAUAAACAGAGAAGGACAAACAAACGGAUUCCUAAUUCUUCGUUUUGCUUUGCUUGGCCCUGCUGCUGCUGCUGCUGCUGCUGCUACUCCUGCUGCUGCUGCUGCUGCUGCUGCUGCUGCUGGUGCUGGUGCUAGUACUCCCUCUGCUGCUGCUGCUGCUGCAGCAGCAGAAUUCAGUCGGCUCCCUACACUGCCUAGCAACUAUGUGCUGCAGCAGCAGAUACAGCAGCAGCAGCAGCAGAUGCAGCAGCAUAUGCAGCAGCAGAUGCAGCAGCAAGAUGCUUUUGCUGCUGUAGAGGCAGCAGCAAGGCUGAGACACCCCAAAGAGCUGCAGCAGCAAACUGUUGCUCGCACUAAAAAGCAAAACAGCAGCAGCAGGAGCAGCCGCAGCAACUUGUUUCUUCGUUUGGGGCGGUGUUGCUGCGAGCUGCCUAAUGAUGAACUUAAUUGA